GGACGAGCAGCCUUUGAGAUAAAGACACAGUCAAAGAUUUGUUCAUAGUGUGUUCUGCACGAUCAGUCUUCAUCAUGGCUUUCAAUGCGCUGUGUAUUUGGAAAGGGCUCCUUUUAGUUUCUUUCAUCUUCCUUUCUGUCCAUGGACAAGUCUCAAGGCCAUCUUUCAUGGUGACGUUUCCUGUAGUGAUCGAGUCAGGAUCUGAAGCUAAACUGUGUGCAAGUCUUCUCAAUCCCAAUGAAAGCCUCGUCAUGAACAUUUAUCUGGUUCAUGGUGACCAGAGCACUUUACUGCUACAGGAGAAAGCUGAGGAAGAAUUUCACCGCUGCUUUAACUUUAAGACACCUCUGGUAGAAGCAGAAUCAGUGCAGACAAUUAAGGUGGAACUUCAGGGAAAGAACUUCAAGAUGACUGAAGAGAGAAAAGUCAUGCUGAGACGUUACAAUAACUUGACAUUCAUCCAGACUGAUAAACCCAUCUAUAUUCCAGGACAGACAGUACAUUUCAGAGUUGUCACCAUGGAUAGAAAUUUUGUUCCCUUUGAUCAAAAGUACAGUAAAGUCUUGCUAGAGGACAGUAAGAAUAACAGGAUUGGUCAGUGGACAAAUAUUUCCUCAACAAGGUGGAUAUUGCAGCUUUCUCAUGAGUUGAACCCAGAGGCCCGUCAAGGCAUUUAUAAGCUAGUCGCUUAUAUUGGUGAACUGUCUAUGCAACAUUACUUUGAGGUGAAGAAGUAUGUUUUACCCAAGUUUGAAAUGACAAUAAAUCCUCCAAAAGAAAUAAGUUUUGGUGCUAGUGACAUGACUAUGGAGGUUUGUGGAAAAUACACAUUUGGUAAACCAGUGGCUGGUAAAGCAAGAGUGGAAGUAUGCCGGGAACAUUUAAAAUAUAUUACUGACAUAGACUUGAUUUCACCAUGUUUGGCUGAAACUGCUGAGAUGAGUGCAACGGGCUGCGCCUUCUUUACUUUGGACACAUUGGUCUUUUUUAACUCGACACAUGAGAGAUUUUUAAAAGAACAACUUACUGUAACAGUGAAAGUGAAAGAAGAAGGAACAGAAAACACAAUGGAGAAAUCUGAAACUAUAAGUCUGACGUAUGAAAUCGGUAAAGCUAUGUUUACUGAUCUACCCAAAUUUUAUGAACAUGGGGCAGUUAUACAGGGAAAGAUUAAAUUAGAAAAUUUAAAUGGAGUACCUCAUGAAAACAAAGAUGUUUAUCUUUUGGAGGGUAAAAGGUGGUCUUCAAAACUGCUCCUAAAUCUCACUACAGACCGUGAUGGACUGGCCAGCUUCUCUCUGAAUACAUCUAGUCUUUCUAAAAAAGACAUUAAUCUGAUGGCAAGUGCAUAUCCAAAGUUUCAAUAUCAAAGCUUUAAAAGUCCUUACUUCUCUACAGAAGAAAAAACUGUUCAGAUUCUCCGACCUGCCACUCCGUACACCCCAACAUUAAGUGAAUUGAUUAUAGAGAAAAAUGAGCAACCAUUAAAGUGUGAUGCUGAGUUUACAGUGAACAUAAAGUAUUAUUUUGUUGGAGAGACUGUUGAAGACUUCAAAACUGACAUUGUCUAUAUGGUCUUAUCCAGAGGAGUGAUUGUUCAUCACGGAUAUGAGAAAGUUGAAGUGAAGUCUUCUAAUGGAGCAGCAAGUGGCACAGUGUCAUUCAGACUGUCUGUUGGUGCAGAUCUGGCUCCUGCUGUGAAUGUUCUGGCCUACUGUGUUCUGCCCAGUGAAAAUGUUGUUGCUCAUAGCAGACUAUUCAGAACUGAGAAGUGUUUAAAAAAUGAGGUGUCUCUGCAGUUUUCUCCUCUUAAAGCAGUUCCUGGUGAGAAAAACACUCUCCAGCUCUCAGCUGAACCUGGUUCUCUGUGCGCCCUCACUGCUGUAGAUCAGAGCAUCUUGAUCCUGGAGUCAGGAAAACGUCUAGAUACUGACAAGCUCUUUAACCGGUUGCCAGUACAGAUUUUAACAGGUUAUCCUUAUAAUACUGUGGAUACACCAGAGUGCCUGGAAAUUAGACCUCGUCGGGCUGUGUCACUAGACCAUGUUUAUGAAAGCUUGAAGAAUGCGGGAGUGAAGAUGGCAACAAAUUUGCAUGUGAGACAACCCCUUUGUCUGACAUACUAUGGUGUAACUUAUAACAGAGCUUUUCACUUAGGUACGUCUAAUUUGUUAUAUAAUAAUGUUUUGUUGUUAUAUAUAGGCCUAAAUUGCAGAAAAGUUUAAAAUGUAUGCAAUAUC